AUGGAAAUCUCUAAUGAACCAUUUCGUGUUGAAAUUCCUGCUGUAGCACUGAUAUUGGCACUUCAAAUACUCCACCCAUUGACCUUCAAAUGGCCACAAGAAUUAUUUAGUCAAAUUGAUCUGUUUUAUCUGGCUGG